CACAUCUACUUCAACUUCAUUAUUAGGAUUUAUAGAUUCUAUUUCAAAAGAAAAUCAGGAACUAACAAAAAAUGAAAAAGAUAUUGAGCUAUUAGAUCCAAUGGAAGAUGAUUCAAGUAAUUCAUAUAAAGAAAUAUUGUUAGAAAGUAAAAGUGAAGAAUUGUUUGAAUUAGAUGCUAAAGAAACUAAUAGUGAAACAGAUAGUACAGAGAAUGAACAUGAAUAG